AUGAACCCUCACUCAACAGUCCUUUGUGUGUCCUCUCAGGUGUUCACCAGGUAUGGAAAGUGCUACAUGUUCAAUGCUGCAGAGGAGGGGAAGUCACUCCGCACCACCAUGAAGGGAGGGACAGGAAACGGGCUGGAGAUCAUGCUCGACAUCCAGCAGGAUGAGUACCUACCGGUGUGGGGGGACACAGAGGAUACAGCCUUCGAGGCCGGGGUGCGGGUCCAGAUCCACAGCCAGGCCGAGCCCCCGUUUGUCCACGAGCUGGGUUUCGGUGUGGCCCCUGGAUUCCAGACGUUCGUGGCCACUCAGGAGCAGAGGCUCACCUACCUGCCUCCCCCGUGGGGAGAAUGUGAGUCCAAAGCUCUGAAGUCAGGCUUUUUCCAGGUCUACAGCGUGACCGCCUGUAGGAUCGACUGCGAAACACGUUACAUCGUGGAGAACUGCAACUGCAGGAUGGUGCACAUGCCCGGUGACGCGUCCUAUUGCACGCCGGAGCAGUACAAAGACUGUGCAGAGCCUGCUCUGGCUAAGCUGUCUUCGGUGGAGAGCAGCAACUGCAUGUGCAGGACGCCGUGCAACAUGACGCGCUACAGCAAAGAGCUGUCCAUGGUCAAGAUCCCCAGCAAGACCUCAGCGCGCUAUCUGCAGAAGAAGUUCAACAAGUCGGAGAAAUACAUCACAGACAACAUCUUGGUGCUGGAUGUGUUCUUCGAAGCUUUGAACUACGAGACCAUCGAGCAAAAGAAGGCCUAUGAGGUGGCGGGCUUACUUGGUGAUCUUGGAGGUCAAAUGGGCUUAUUCAUUGGAGCCAGCAUCCUCACCAUCUUGGAGCUGUUUGACUAUGCUUAUGAGGUGGUGAAAGACAGACUACUGGACUUACUGAGCAGGGAGGAGGAAGAAGAGAGUCACGGAGAGGAUGUGAGUUCCUGUGACCCGGUGGCCAACCACUCCGAGUCCAUCAGCCACACCGUGACCGUCCCCCUGCAGACGACGCUGGGCACCCUGGAGGAGAUCGCCUGCUGA